UAAAGUCUACAAAACAGAAGGAUUAUUUGCAAAAAGGUGAAGUUCUCAGUGGCACUUAAUGAGGAAGCAAACAGUGUAUGCAGCAGAGAAGUUUGAGUCCUGCAGCAGAGCAACCGCAGGCACAGCAGCUACUUGCCUGUUGUUGUUGCCGGAUAACGUUUUUUACGAGACAGGAAACGAGACAAGAACAGAGACUGAACCAGAGAAGACUACUUUGUCUAUGUUAGCAGAAAAAAAGCCCUUCAAGAUAGCAGAAAGUCAAUAAGGACGCCGGAUAACCUCUUAUGAAGGUAGUUAAUGCAGAUUUGAAUUGGAGAGAAAUUCAGCAGCAGGUAAGUUAAAGUCUGAAAUGGGAACAGAAGAGAAAGAAUCAGAAACUGCAACGCAGCCUCCAUCAAAGCAGCAGGGAUCACCAGAGAAGGACUCUCCUGUUGAGCAUCCUCAAACAUCUGAGAGCACCGACCCUCUCAACACAUACAAGUGGCACACUGGCUCCAAGGGAACGCUCAACGAGCAAAGAGAAGAAGGAGAUGGAGCUGUAGCUCCCUCCACCUCCACUAUCGACAAGAUUCAGAAGGCCUCCAGCAACAAAUGGAGCAAGAUGCAAAACUGGCGCAAAGCCCUGAGUGAGGAUCCUGGAGACAAAAAUUCAACGGCUGGGAAAAGUGGAGAGGGAAGUAAGGCUGAGAAAGGUGCAGGGGGAACCAGAAAGAACCCAUUCAGAAGAGCCCUGUCGGAGCCUCCUGGAUCUCUGUUUGCAGCUCUGUCACCAUCCUCCAGCUCUACCAGCUCAGCCCAAGCAGCUUCAGCCUCUUCAUCAGCCGCCCCAGAGGCCUCAGCGAGCUCCUCUAAUGACACCUCGCAGAAAGGAGGUGGAGGUGCAAUCUUUAAAAAAUACCUGUGGAAUGUGACCCAGAAGCUCAAGAGGCCAAAGCUGCAGAGCCGCCACAGCACAAGUAAUCUACUACCAGGUGUGGAGGAGGUUGAAAUAGCACAUGCCUGUGAACCUCCAAAACAACAAUGGGCUCCACUUCAGGAGCUCCCCUUAUGGGACAUCACCAACUGUGUCCUGGAAGAUGGACAAAUCCUAAUUUCUCAAGAGGAAGAGCCCGCGACGUGGAUCCGAAACCGUGUCAGCAGCUGCUUGUCCAACCUCAGCAUGCAGAACAUUGCUGACAUCGAUGCAGAAUGCAGUCCAGACCAGGUGGGCGUUCCAGAUGGUCCUCUGCCAAAACGCCAGGAAGGUGGCGUACGGGGAAUGAUCAAACGCCGCCUGAACAAGGACAAAAGGAACAGUGCCACCCAACUGAACCCAGGGCUAAACAAACUCAGGCACUACGGUUCCCGUGAGUCUGUAUCAGUUCCAGUGGGGAGUCUGGAUCUGAGCGCUGACACCAACACUGUCAUCCGACCCGUCCACAGUUCAAUUUUAGGGGAGAAGUACUGCUUCGAGGUGAUCAAUUCUGAAAACACCCACUGCUUUGGCUGCUCGUCAGCUGCUGAACGAGACCGCUGGAUUGAAGACCUCAGACGUGCUGCUCAGCCCAAUAAGGAUAACAUCGAGCGUACUGAGAACUCCUUGAGUCUGUGGGUUAAUGAAGCAAAGGAUCUUCCACCCAAACGGCGUUACUACUGUGAAGUUCACCUCGAUGGAACCUUGUUUGCCCGAACAAGCAGCCGAGCUGUUGGCAAGCCAACUAAUCGCACCAACACGGCUGGGGACAAUGUCUCAGGGUCUUCGGGAGGCCAGGGGACGAGCGGGGGCACGGCUGGUGGGUGUCAGCUAUUCUGGGGGGAAUUCUUCGAGCUCGACAACCUUCCCUCUGUCUCCCAAAUAAGCCUCCACCUCUUCCGGGAGGAAGACUCCAAGAAGAAGCGCCAUUCCAGAGAUGACUCCAGCCUGCAUCCCCUGGGCAGCGUGACCAUACCUUUGGGAGAUAUCAGAGGGAGAACCUUUCAAGAGAAAUGGUAUCCCAUUACACCUUUCAAAGCUUCGGCCACAGCUGGGAACAAGGAGGUGUUAAGUCCACAGGCUUCUCUCCGCAUCAAGGCCCGUUUCCAGAACCUGAAAGUGCUGCCGAUGGAGAAGUACAAAGAGUUUGCAGAGUAUGUGACAGUGAGAUACGUAGAAAUGUGUGGGAACCUGGAGCCUCUUCUUAACGUGAAGGAGAAAGAGGAGCUAGCAGGAGCUCUUGUCCACGUACUCCAGAGUAUUGGGAAAGCUAAGGAAUUCCUCAUUGAUUUGGGCGCAGCAGAAGUGGACCGACUUGGAGAGAAGGAAGCAUUGAUCUUCAGAGAAAACACACUGGCUACGAAAGCAAUAGAUGAAUACAUGAAGCUGGUUGGCCAGAAGUACCUCAUUGACACACUUGGGGACUUUAUCAACAGACUUUAUGCCUCAGUUGAGAACUGUGAAGUGGACCCACUCAAAUGUCCCGCCGCUGAGCUGUCGAGCAACCAGCAGCAUUUGAGGGAAACGUGUGAAGAUGUGGUGCAGAAGAUCAUUGAGCUGCAUGGUCCAUUUCCUGAAGAAUUAAAUAAGAUUUUCUCCAACUGGACGGAGCUGUGUGAAGACAUGGGGAAAGCAGAGAUUGGACAGCGUUUAAUCUCAGCCUCACUCUUCCUUCGCUUUUUAUGUCCUGCUAUUCUGAGUCCUUCUCUUUUCGGCCUGACACAGCCGUACCCAGAGCCGAACACCCUGCGGACCCUCACCCUAACUGCCAAAGUCAUUCAGAACUUGGCCAACUUCACCCUGUUUGGAGAGAAGGAGGAGUACAUGCUGUUCAUGAAUGAAUUCCUGCAGCAGCACUGGGAUGGAAUGAGGUGUUUCCUGCAAACGGUUUCCAAUCAAGACACUGAAAUCUCAAUGACAUCCUUUGAUGGUUAUGUAGAUUUGCCCCUACGUCUGGCUGUGCUGCAUGGCCUCCUGGUGGAUAUUAUCUACAAGAAGGAGCAGGACACAAUUACCAAGCUGCAUCCUCUGCCUUCCAUUCUGAACCAGAUAAGUGAAUCACUGGGUCCUGAAUCAUCCCGGAUCAUUGUCAACAGCUAUACAGAACAAUCAAAGCCGGUGUAUGUUCCUCCUAGAGACUUGAGAAAGUACAGUCCUCUUCAGUCAUCUCUCCAGAGGCUGGACUCCAAAGCCCUACGAGACAGCAGUGAAAACAGACCUACCAGGACCAUGAGGGAGAAAAAAAAGCAAUUGUCCAGAACUCAGAGUGCUCCUCACUCCAGACCUCCUGGUCACAAAAGACAAGUCCUUAAGAGGCAGAUAAGUUCUGAAGCUCUGCCAACGUCUGACAAUGAACAAGAGGCGGAUGCCAACCAGCCAGUUAUAACGCCUCCAGAUAAUAUUGCAAGCGGCAAACGUCCACCUGCUCCAGUUCCUUGGGUCAUUGAUAACCACAACAGGGAGUCAGGGGAGAUGAAAACUGAGAGCGAGCAGUUCAGUUUACUGGACAGGCACGCCCAGGAGCUGUCUGAGCUCCGUCUGGGGAUAGAGCAGGUGACAGAGCGGGAGCUGGACAUGGCCAAGCGCCUGGAGGACUUCAUUAUCCAAAGCCAGGACCAGAAUGCAAUACUGCAAGCUGAGGUGGAGGAGCUCAGGAACCAGCUGGCUGUGCGAGAGGAGCAGCUCGCCAGCGCCACCUUCAGGCUGGGAGUGAUUGAAGAAGAAAGGGAAGAAGAUGUGCGGAACCUGAGUAUUGCACUUGGAGCAGCCGAGAGAAUGAAUGUGCUGGAGGAACAGUUUAUAGGCAUGAUGACGGACCUGCAAAAGCUUAAGGACGCCUACAGCACGCAGAAUAAGAUCCAGCACCCUGAAAAGCCCCACAUCAACAGCAACUGAGGCCAAACAAAAACUAAUCUUUUUUUUAAUCAUUAUUCAAAUUUCUGCAUUUCAAGAAUACCAUACAGACAUUCUGGGUGCAUACAUGUGCAAGGACAUGUGAGAUAUCCUGUCUGCGUGAUUUUCUUUAUUAAAUUCAAUCCAAUUCAGCAUCAAAAUAGACAGGCAGCAUAAAAUUGAUACUAACGUGUGUUUGUAUGACAUUAGACUGUUUAGAUUAUCUGUGUGUGGUACUAUAGGUUAAAAAGUGUGUGUACAAAUAAGUGUGUAUUGUCGAGUGGGUUAACGUUAGUGAGUUUGUCACCUGGAGGUUCACACUUGUAGGAGAGCAUAAAAUGCAAAACCCCCACCCCACCCCCCCGAUCCUAUUUUUCCCCAUUCAUGCCCUAACACACCCAGCCCACCAGACCCUAUCUCACCAAUGGACCAGGGACUCUGGGGCGGCGCACCAGAAC